AUGGCCUGCUCUCUACUCGAACACGGAUCAGAAGCUGGACGAAUAGAUUAUGGUGAUGAUGAGGAGGAUGACGAUGAUGGGGAGGAAGAGGAGGAGGAAGAUGUUGAUGAAGAUGAUGAUAUGGGACCCACCUGUCACGGAGCUAAGCUAGUCAUGUUUUUAGCGGAAGCUGUGCUCGUUUUUCUCUUUAUAUGUUUAUUUCUCAUGUUUCGGUUCUUUAUUGUUAUAAAGUCUGGACGGAACCACAGACCCGGAACCAGAGGCCCGGUUUCGGUUCUUGUCGUUGCGGGAUCAGGCGGUCACACGUCGGAGGUCCUGCGGCUGAUGGAGCACCUGUCUGCGGCGUACACGCCUCGCCAUUACGUCAUCGCUGACACGGACAGGAUGAGCGAGGAGAAGAUCUGCACGUUUGAAAGCUCCAGAGCUGCGUCAGACUCUGAGACUCACUUCACCAUCUGUCGGAUCCCCCGGAGCAGAGAGGUGCACCAGUCCUGGAGCUCCACGGUCAUCAGCACCCUGAACGCCCUCCGCUUCUCCCUCCCCUUGGUCUUCAGACUCCAGCCGGACAUGGUGCUGUGUAAUGGCCCAGGGACCUGCAUUCCUCCGUGUGUGGCGGGUCUGCUGCUCGGAGUUCUGGGAGUGAAGAAAGUCCUCAUCGUGUACGUGGAGAGCAUUUGCCGAGUGCAGACGCUGUCCCUGACCGGGCAGAUCCUGUACCUGGUGUCAGACUAUUUCUUUGUGCAGUGGCCGUCCCUCAGGGACAAAUACCCCAAAUCUGUUUUCCUUGGAAGAAUAGUCUAAAACCAUCUGUUACACACACACAGUGUUUUUGUACUGUCUAACUUGUU